GCACAAGGCCACGCGAGCUAAAGGUGCUAGUAAUAUCGGUGCAUUCUUUGUGACGUCUACUGCGGAAACACCUCACCGUUUACCAGUUAUUGAGCAGUGCCAACAAUCGCAUUCUGAAAGGUAAUUGCCCAGCUCACAUAGCUCAUAAUGCCUGCAAGCACGCCUGCGAUCAGCUGUCAGUGGAUAUUGAGACAAUUGUUUUACAGAUCUACAGCCACUUAUCAGUAUCUGCUUCCCGAAGAGAUGACCUGCGUGCAUUUUUUUCUUUGUUGACAUUGAGUGGCGUGAAAUUCUGCGACAUGUUUGCACGCGAUGGCUCUGUCUUCAUCCAGCUGUCGAUCGUCUCCUGCAAAGCUGGCCAGCUCUUACUUCAUACUUCAGGUCCCUUGGGGAGACCUGUCCUGUGGCACUGAAGAGUAUUUUUGAGUAUGAAGAAAAAACGGAAGCUGCUGAGAUAUAUCUGUGCUUUUUCCACAACGUGGGUGUGUUUUUGACCAACUCGUAAAAAGCGGGAGGAAACAACGCUCUGCAUCACAGAUGUUUACGAGGAAAUCAAAAAGUUCAAAAUGAAGAUGCUUCAGCUGAAACAGGACCGUUUUUUGGAUACCAGACCAAGCAGCUGAUGGACAAACAAUUGUCAGCACAAAGGUCCAAGCAGCAACAGGACUUUGAAGUUCUAUGACACUGUCAUUACAUACAUUGAUAAGUGGUUUGAUUUCUCACCAGAAAAUGUAAUGGUGAAACUGAUGUGCCUCUAUGAGGAGCUCUCCUUCACUGAUCUGGAGCAGCUGGUGGUUGCCCUCAAACUGACAGAGACGGUCAGUCAGUAUGGACCAACUCUAUGAAGAGUUUUGUGCUAGCCGGGAGGAAAUACAGAAAGCCAGACAGGAUACCACAAAAUCCGCCAGUGAGAAGUGGGUGGCAAUUUUCCAAGACCUAGGGAAAGCCAACUUGUUCAACAUGUUCAGGAUUGUCUCAUUUGUCCUCCAUGUGCCAGGCUCAAAUGCCUUUGUAGAGAGGAUUUUCUCUCUGAUGACCAUUAAAUGGCCAGACUCAAGAAACAGAUGCAGAGCUGAUCAAAAAUGAACUUCAGAUAUUUGUGAACUGUGAUUGGCUAUGCAAGAGGAGAAAGGACUGCUUGAAUCAGUCAAGAGCAGCAAAAAAUAUGUAGACUUGGCUUCUAGCCGGUUCGUGACAACACCUACCCAUACCACCGAGCACUGGCACGCGACCUUUUGGCCCUUAUUUGAUAGUGAGAAAGUUGACAACCAUAAAAUGGAGGAGAGGAGCUCAAGAGGACCAGACGAAACACAGGGAGGAGAGGAGCUCAAGAGGACCAGACGAAACACACGGAGGAGAGGAGCUCAAGAGGACCAGACGAAACACAGGGAGGAGAGGAGCUCAAGAGGACCAGACGAAACACACGGAGGAGAGGAGCUCAAGAGGACCAGACGAAACACAGGGAGGAGAGGAGCUCAAGAGGACCAGACGAAACACACGGAGGAGAGGAGCUCAAGAGGACCAGACGAAACACAGGGAGGAGAGGAGCUCAAGAGGACCAGACGAAACACACGGAGGAGAGGAGCUCAAGAGGACCAGACGAAACACACGGAGGAGAGGAGCUCAAGAGGACCAGACGAAACACAGGGAGGAGAGGAGCUCAAGAGGACCAGACGAAACACACGGAGGAGAGGAGCUCAAGAGGACCAGACGAAACACAGGGAGGAGAGGAGCUCAAGAGGACCAGACGAAACACAGGGAGGAGAGGAGCUCAAGAGGACCAGACGAAACACAGGGAGGAGAGGAGCUCAAGAGGACCAGACGAAACACAGGGAGGAGAGGAGCUCAAGAGGACCAGACGAAACACAGGGAGGAGAGGAGCUCAAGAGGACCAGACGAAACACAGGGAGGAGAGGAGCUCAAGAGGACCAGACGAAACACAGGGAGGAGAGGAGCUCAAGAGGACCAGACGAAACACAGGGAGGAGAGGAGCUCAAGAGGACCAGACGAAACACACGGAGGAGAGGAGCUCAAGAGGACCAGACGAAACACACGGAGGAGAGGAGCUCAAGAGGACCAGACGAAACACACGGAGGAGAGGAGCUCAAGAAAAGAGAGGAGAAACCAGUAAAGGAGAAGAGGACAACAAACAAGGGGAGAAAACAGUGA